AUGGCUGACAAUCGUUAUGUCAGUGUUUGGCUGAAUGGAAUGGAAGAACGUCAAGCCAGAUGGUACUUGAAGGAGGGAAUACCAUGUUUCAUGUCCAGGGAGGUCAGUUCUACCAGAGGGGAUCUGAUACUAAUGGACACUGCUCGAUCUUUCGAUCCCAGUUGGAUCUGGCCUGUCAUCUUGCCAAACGAUGAUGAUCAGGAACAGCCGAAGGAGGUAGUCGACUACAAACCACCUCCCUUGACCAUGGUGGUCAUUGACACUGACAGGAUACCUUGGAUUAAACCCCCUCUUGUACAGAAAGCUGAACAGUCUCUCCCUGGCACCCUCCUCAUCUAUGGAAAACAUGUCAGAAAUUUGUGGAGCAAUACAAUUGAGAAUACAUUCUAUGAAGUCUCCCUGAAAAAGGUCAUUGACUAUGGAACACACUCCAUGUUUGACCGAGAACGACGUUGGCAGAUACUAUUCCUAAGAUCUCCUAAGGCCCCACCAGGUUUGUGUCACACACCCCAAAAUAUAUUUCCUAUGGCUGGACCCUGA